GGUGGGGGGCGGUAAGUGACCGCAGAGACUCACAUGAGGCUGUGUUUACGCCUCGUCUCUACAUAUUUCACGCUCACUUUACACGGCGGACAAGCGCCGUCUUUGCGCACUCGGGCUGCGCUCUGACGCACGGUUCAUCCGCGCGCGCUUCGUGACCGUGGCCCGCGGACUCAGUUUAUUUUCCCUCUCCGAGCCCCACAGCUAAACAGUUUUGUAUACACCGAGAAGGCAAAUAUUUGAGUCGGAGGAGUGUACAGUUUGGAGCGGCGGGGAUCUGGGUUUACGCACGCACGGUGCGUGUUUUCAGUCACUUUUCUUUCCUGGGUUUGGGUGGGGGAGCGUGUAGUUGUGAGGAGGGGUGACUGGAGUGAACAGGGGUGAGUAUUUUCCACGCUGCAAAAAGCGAGGGGCGCUGAUAAACAUAAAAACCUUCGAGGUUUGGCGCAAAAAUAAAAAAAAUCGACAAUAAAAUUCAACAGAAAACUUUAAAACAUCUACAAAUUUACCCCUAAACCUAAAUAUUUUCCAAAUGUUCUGAUUUAUUUUGAUCGCUCUGGAAGUGGGAACGCUGCCUCAUUUUUUGCAGCGUGCCCAGCAUUGGCGGAUAUGCGCGCUCCCCGCGCGCCACGAUUGGCUGACAGCUCCUGGGACGCGUCAGUGUUUAAUCGUAAUGUUUCCCUGGUUGGCUGAGGACUGGAAAGGUCCAACCAAUGUUUUUCACUCGCUUUAGUGGCUGCGGCUCCCAAAUUAAUUGCAGCUAUCUGUCUCCUAUCGAUGUGUGUGUACAUGUGUGUUGUGUGUGUUUCCCCUUUUCCUCCCAAACCGAACAUGAAAUAGUUUGUUGGGCUAUACUUUCUUUCUUCCUGUCUGUUCCCCCUUCCUCCCUUCCCGUCCGGGUUCGCCAGCAGAGGCAGGAAGGACCGGAGCCCAGCUGUGUUCGUCUCUGCCGGCCGGUGCCGUCGCCCCCCCUCACUGCUCGGUGAUGUUGGACAUGGGAGAGCGCAAAGAGGUGAAGAUGAUCUCCAAGUCUUCGUUCAGUAUAAACAGCCUGGUGCCGGAGGCCGUGCAAAGUGACAACAACAGCCACCAGAACCAGCACCAUCACCAGAGCCACCACCGGGAGGACGCCGAGCAGAAAGGAGGCGCGCCGCUCCAGUGCGCGCAGCCGGAGGGCAAAGUCAGCCUGAAGAGCGAGGGAUCGGGUCAGGACGGCUGCGCGGAGGACAAGGACAAGCAGGAGGAGAAGAAGGACGGGAAGGACGGAGACGCGCCGGAGAAGGACGGCGAGAAGAAGAGCGGCAAGUACGAGAAGCCUCCGUUCAGCUACAACGCGCUCAUCAUGAUGGCCAUCCGGCAGAGCCCCGAGAAGCGGCUGACGCUCAACGGCAUCUACGAGUUCAUCAUGAAGAACUUCCCGUACUACCGCGAGAACAAGCAGGGCUGGCAGAACUCCAUCCGGCACAACCUGAGCCUCAACAAAUGCUUCGUCAAGGUCCCGCGCCACUACGACGACCCGGGGAAGGGGAACUACUGGAUGCUGGACCCGAGCAGCGACGACGUCUUCAUCGGCGGAACCACCGGCAAGCUCCGCCGGCGCUCCACCACGUCCCGGGCCAAGCUGGCCUUCAAGCGCGGCGCGCGCCUGACCUCUGGGCUGACCUUUAUGGACCGGGCCGGCUCCUUGUACUGGCCCAUGUCCCCGUUUCUGUCGUUGCACCACACGCGGGCCGGCGGCGCGCUGGGCUACAACGGGACCUCGUCGGGUUACCCGGCUCACCCCAUGUCCUACAGCACCAUGCUGACCCAGAACAUGAGCAGCAACCACUCCUCCUUCCCGUCCUCCAACGGGCUCAGCAUGGACCGCCUGGUCGGCGGGGACCUCCCGUACGCCACGCACCACCUGACGGCGGCGGCGCUGGCGGCCUCGGCGGUGCCCUGCGGCCUCUCCGUGCCUUGCUCCGGGGCCACGUACUCUCUGAACCCCUGCUCGGUCAACCUGCUGGCCGGACAGACCAGCUACUUUUUCCCGCACGUGCCGCACCCGUCCAUGACCCCGCAGAGCGGCGCGGGCGGCGGCGGCGGCGCGCUGCAGGCCGCGCGGGCGUCCGCCUCCAACUCCCCGCAGGCGCCCCCCUCUUCCUCGCUGCAGUGUGACAGUCUGAGGCCGGCGCUGUCCGGCUCUCUGCCGGCCUUCUCGUCGGGACUUUCCGGGGGUUUGUCUGAUUAUUUUACGCACCAGAACCAGGGCGCCACCUCCAACCCGCUCAUCCACUGACUCCCGCACGCCCGCGCGCCCGCAAGCAGACCGGAACUCCAAGCUGAACAUUUUACACUUGAACGUUUUACAUGUACAAAAAGACAAAAUGAUUAUAACUACCUUCUAUAGAAAAAAGAGGAGAGACUUGCAGAAAAAAGAGCAGCACUGAGAAACUCAUAGAAAGCAGCACUGACAUUUCCAGGUAUUUUUUUAAUCUUAUUAUUAUUAUUAUAAUUAUUAUUAUUAUUAUCAUUUCUUCUCCUUCUCUUCUUCUGCUCAUCUCCUUCUGCAGUUUGAAUUUCUGUGUACAUAAUGUCUGUUACUGUAAAUGUCCGGGCAUUGUCUCUGUAUAGUGCUGUCAGUCAGUGACGUGCAAUGUGAUCUGAGAUGAGAAACCGAAAGAAUGACGAGAGCUGUGCGCGCGCGACUUCCAUUUUCUUUAUUUUUAUAUAUACUUCACAUAUAUGUAUGUAUAUAUACAUAUAUAUGAAGGUUUUUUCAUAGUAAAUGAUAGUAUUAACUAAUUGUUGCUAUGGCGCAUGUUUUUUUGCGUUAUUUUUACUCCGUUUCACAAAUUUAAACCAUUCUUUAAGAACAAAAUUUAAUUUUUUAGCAUCUUUUUUGUAUUGUUUUUUAUUUAAGAAGGCAGCACAGCGACUCAGAGUCCUGCAGUUCAUCUCCUGAAGGGUUUGUCCGUUUUUUUUUUCUUAAUGUUUAUUUUAUUUUAUUUUUGAAAUGUUUUUUGGUUUAAAAAAACUGUUCCUGCGCUUUUUUCCAAACCAAAGACGCGGUUUCACUUUGGAGUCAGUAUUCUGCUGUGUAAUGAUGACUGGCCUGUUGAGGUUUAAAAAAAUGGAAAAAAAAAAAAUGAAGGAAUGAGGAAAAAUGGAGCGAAUGAGCGCGUGAGUGGAUGAAGGAGUGGCUGUCGCUGCAGAAAAUGUCCAUUUCAACGAGAUGCUUCAUGUCUGUUAGAUAAAAGAACUAUUUUAAACGCAUUACUUUUAUUAUCAAUAUUAUUACUAAUUAUUGAUUAAUUUUGUGCGCAUCCUCGUCUUUAGUGGAUAUUUUCCGCAGUGAGAGCGCCAGCUUGUUUUAAAAAAAAAGGCAAAAAUCCGGAUUUUCACGCUCCUGCUUCUUCUUUUUGUAUGAUUAGUAAAAAAAGGAAAACUUUGUACUCAUUUUUUUUCUUUUAGCAAAGAAGGAACAAUGUAAAAACCCAUUUUGUUUGACAAAAGAAAAUAUGCCUCAUUAUCUAACAGGCUUACUUGGAAUGAUUGUCUUUUAAUUGUCGUCUCUAAAACAAAUUUUCAUGGUUGUGAUACUAUUGUGGUCUUAUCCCGUGUUUGUCGCUCACAAAACUAGGAAAAAAAAACGAUAGAAAAAAGAAAAAAAAUGUUUUAAUGAUAAAAAAUGCGAAUAAAAUAAUAGGAUACAUUCAUAAGUGA